ACCGUUUUACAUCCGGGUCCCGCAACUCCUCCCUCUCCCGCCGCCGCUCUGGGCGCUUCGGGGGCCGCCCCCCCACCGGCUGGCCGGCGCCGGGCGCUCCAAUGAGAGCGGCUGCCUCUCCCUGCCUCGCGGAGCCAGGCGGCGCCGGCCGGAGCCCGAGUCCCGGCCCUGCGUGGGCGAGUCCGGCCAGCAGGCGAGGAUGAUGCCGGCUCUGGCCGCCCAGAGGCGGGGAUGGCGCUGCCUCUACCGGCUGUACCUGCGGUGCCAGGCGGCGCAGCUCAGCCGGGUCUGCCACGGGUGGCCAGGCUCAAUGAAAUGUGGAAGUCUCUCUCACAUACUGCCAUGCAGUCAUCUACCAGUCCAAUCACUGAGUCAAGUGAGAGUUUACACCUCUGAUGGUCAGAAAAAAGGUCCUGUACCAGGUCCUGAAGGAGCUGUGCACAAACCUGGAACAGCACGGGAUACCAGCAGUGCAGGCCAAAAACCACUUUUAUUGCAAGAGCCAAUCCAAGUAAAAGUUAAAGCAGUUCUUAAAAAGAGAGAGUAUGGACCAAAAUACACACAAAAUAAUUUCAUCACUGGUGUCAGAGCAAUAAAUGAGUUCUGUCUUAAAUCCAGUGAUCUAGAACAGCUGAGGAAAAUCAGACGACGAAGUCCCCAUGAUGAUACUGAGGCUUUCACUGUAUUUUUGAGAUCAGAUGUAGAGGCAAAAUCUCUAGAAGUUUGGGGAAGCCCAGAGGCUCUUGCUAGAGAGAGAAAACGGCGUAAAGAAGCAGAGAUAGAAUACAGAGAAAAUCUGUUUAGAAACCAAAAGCUGUUAAAGGAAUACAAAGAUUUUCUUGGGGAUACUAAGCCACGCUCCAGCACAGCCGGUAUGUUGCUCAAAGGACCAGGAAAGGUGGUGAUGGUUGCUAUUUGCAUAAAUGGGUUGAAUUUUUUCUUUAAACUACUCGCUUGGGUUUACACGGGUUCUGCAAGCAUGUUUUCAGAAGCUAUACAUUCUUUAGCAGACACUUGCAACCAGGCUUUGCUAGCAUUGGGCAUCAGUCAGUCUGCAAGGACACCAGACCCUAGUCAUCCGUAUGGCUUCACAAAUAUGCGCUAUAUUGCCUCCCUAAUUAGUGGGGUCGGCAUUUUCAUGAUGGGUGCAGGACUUUCCUGGUAUCAUGGAAUCAUAGGUUUACUUCAUCCUCAGCCCAUGGAAUCUCUUCUUUGGGCUUAUUGUAUCUUAGCAGGAUCAUUGGUGUCUGAAGGAGCUACCCUUCUUGUUGCUAUAAAUGAAAUUCGAAGGAGCUCCCGGGCCAAGGGUCUGUCAUUUUAUCAAUAUGUCAGGCUGAGUCGUGAUCCCAGUACAAAUGUGGUGUUGUUGGAAGAUGCUGCAGCAGUUUUGGGUGUGACGUUAGCUGCUACUUGCAUGGGUCUGACUUCUUUAACAGGCAACCCUUACUAUGACAGCCUGGGAUCGCUAGGUGUGGGAACUUUGUUGGGAGUUGUAUCAGCUUUUCUCAUCUACACCAACACAGAAGCAUUGCUGGGACGAUCCAUUAAUCCUGAGCAAUUACAGCGACUUACUGAGUUACUGGAGAGUGACCCUGUCGUUAGAGCAAUUCAUGAUGUUAAAGCCACAGACAUGGGAUUGAGCAAAGUGAGAUUCAAGGCAGAAGUAGACUUUGAUGGACGGGUUGUGACUCGUUCUUACCUGGAAAAGCAAGACAUUGAACAGCUGCUACAAGAAAUUCAGCAGGUGAAAACUCUUGAGGAAUUAGAAGCCUUCAUGCUUAAACAUGGAGAGAAUAUCAUUGACACACUGGGAGCUGAAGUAGACCGGCUUGAAAAGGAGCUAAAGCAACGCAAUCCUGAUGUUCGACAUGUAGAUUUGGAAAUAUUGUAGAUUUGACAGAAAAAAUCCUUGGAGUACUCUCUUUUGGAAACAAGUUUGCACAGAGAUGGAACAGCUAUUGAAACUGCAGUCACUUCAAUACCAUACCUCAUUUACUUCAUGCUGUAGGCUUCCUGAACUGUUGUUACUGAGUCAGUUUCCAAAACAGCUUUAGAUUCAGAGUCAACAACUUUGUAUAGAAGAUCAGUUCAACAAAAGCUACUUAGCAUAAUUUCUACAUGAGACUGUUGGAGGUGAAUUUAUUUGGGAAUUGGAACUUAAAUCUUUUAGUUUCUAUAAGGCAAAUGUUAAUGCCUGAAAAUACACAGAAGAUACUUUCCCCAUUUCAAUUUUUUGUCAACUUGCACAUCAGUUUGCACUCAUUUAACUACUUCCUUCUAGAAGUCAUUGGAGGUAUUUGCAAGAUACAGAUGUUUAAUGCUAGAACAGGCUUUGUUUCAUUUGUUCUACCUGCCAAUCUUGAACCAGUUGUUAUAUUCUAGCUAUAUGGUCUCUUUUUUUCCUCUGAGAUCAGUUCCUCCAAAAAGAACAGCCCUUUUCUCGAGUGUCAUGAUUUGGAAACUUGCUUCUGCCAGUGUUGCAACAAAUCAGUCUUUUGAAUGCAGUUGGCUUUGGGCUUGGCCUAGAGUACGUUGAGUUACUGCGCAGGAUGUAGAAACCUCAACAAACUUUUUUUUAUAGAGUAUCUUGGCCUAUGCCUUGUGUUUAGGUUUUUUCUCUUCAGAUUUUUUCCCACCCAUAUGCCUUUUUGUUGCUUUAACUUGCUAAUGUUGGAGGAUAUAACAUGGAGAAUGAUUUACUUAGUAGUUUUCUGUUAUUUUUCAUUUGGCUUUUUAUAUUUUUAAGAAGCAAUAUUCUGCGAAUGAUCUUUGCUAGCAAAAGCAAGAGGUGUGUAGAAGUUUUAACAUAUUCUAGAAAUAUUUAUAAUUAAACAGAUGUGAAGAUGAUACUAAUUUAUUUACACAGGCACUACUUGUAUGAAUCUGAAUUGUAGAUAGCUUUUUGGGUGUUUUUCAGAAAAACCUUUUUGUGUGGGGGAAGUAAAACAAUUGUGCUGAAAUGUGUCAUGGCUGUCAGUAAUCCCAAAAGUGAGUGCAUAGAAUUUACGUGUUUGAAAUGCGCAAUUCUAGUGUUUUACAAAAUGGGUUUCUAGAAUAAGGCUUUCUGCAAUAAGUAUCCAAGUCAUAGCAGACUCUGUAAGAAAUAAUCUUUUAAUAAAGGCUAAGUGAGUACAAAUAAUGCAAAUCUAGUAAUUGAAAUAUUAAUGGAAUAAUUACCGAUAAAUCUUUCUCCAGGAAAAAUCCUUUAUGCACUUUAAAACGUUUCAGUAACAUGAAAAUUGCUCAUGGGAGAGAGGUGGCAAUAAGAGCAUCUUGAUGAUUCUGUUGCUGAGUAGUCCAGUGACUGACAUACUGAGGGCAGAAAUGUUGAUAGGGAACGCAAGUCAUCAAAAUCAAUUUGUUAAGAUUAAAUCAUAUGCAUUGCAGCAAAUAAUAAUAGUGGAGACCAAAAUGUCAAGAUUUGAUUAAAUGCUUUGUAAUAGUAUUUUUUUUAAAUGUAAAAUGUCAUUUGCCAGUGAAUUAUGAGAAUUUAAAAUAGCAUGCCUUUUGACAAUUGCAAAACACUGCAUGCUGUGCAUUUUAAAUAAAAUGACAUUCCAAAGUUGAGUUUUUAGAGAUGAGGCUUUAUGUACUGUAAUGUAUGUAAUGGAUGACUUUGUUACAUAGUUGGGAAUGAAGGGUCUGUUAGUACCCUUGCCUAUAAUUCCUAUUCUUUCUCUUCUCAUCAGUCAUUUGUUUAUAACCUAUUAAUGCUUAAUCUAAAGGGAAGACUUGAUUUUUAUCUGGCUGUCUCCCACUGUAGUACUAAUUAGAUUUGUAGUAUACACUUAAGACUGAUAAUUAGAAAUGUGUUUAAUAAAAGUGAUAUUUUUAAAGUUAAUUGCACAUAUUUGUAAAAUGUUACAACUUUGUGGGUAGUUUCCCAAAUAACUAAUGAGGGACACUUUGCCACAUUCUACAUGGUUUACUUUUGAGUCUUUUCUGCGAGUCUGCUUCUCCAUAUCCCAGCAUGCACUCUGCUGAUGACCUAAUCAUCCAGGAAGAGCACUGGAAUUUGACUCUGAUUAAUGCAAAUCCUAUUUAUCUUCUCUUCUCUCUCUCCCCAACUCUCUCCCAUAAAGCACUAUAAAGUACUGUUACUGAAGAAAAACAAAAAUUGUAAAAACCUGGAAGGGAGGGGCAAGGAUCUGAACAUUGCCUCUGGCCGUUACUCUUCAGUGGUGUAUGUGAUAUCACAAGUGACAUGUAUGCUGGACCAUCAUGAAUGGGAGUCAGUAAUCUAUAAGGGGAGUUUGUAUAUUGUGUUCCUGAAACAUCCCCAAAGAUUAGUAAAUAUUAGAAAUGUACUGAAAUGUUCCCUUAUCUAGUUUAUAGAGAAACUUAAGCACAUCAUCUUAAGGUGCAUACUACUCUGAAAAAUGUUGGUGUAAAAAAUGGUACUUUUUCAAUCAUGGCUGCUCCCUGCAUGUAUUCUGAUUCAUAUCUGCCUACUUCAGUGACAAAAAUAGGAUUGUAUUGCUUUUUAUUGUCUUUGCAGUACUAUGAAAAAGUGAUCUGGAUUCUGUUGCUUCUGUCUUCAACAAGAUUGACUAAGUUCCAAUUGGUUACAUCUUUGCAAUCCCUUUGGAGGCUGUAGGUUUGCACAGGCCUCAUUAAGAACCUAAUUUUAUUUGCAAAGCCAGUUUCGUUGGUGGCAAUGCAUGAGGAAAGACCCCAGUUUGGUUCUGAGAGCCCAGCAUGGGUUUUCAUGGCUUGCAUUCAGUUAAAACGUCUUCUACAUUGAGCACGACUGAUAACAGAAAUUGGCAUAAUAAACUUGGUACCCCAUUUUUAGUCACUUUGAGAAGGGAAUCACACUUUAAAGUGGCAGCAAUUUAAAAUAUAUGUGCAGAUUGCUGUUAAUAUUUUUUAGUGAAAACUGUUACUCAGAUUUAAGCUACAGUAUUUUCAUGGUCUAAAGAACGGGUUGAACGGGGUCCAGGAUUUGGUUUAGCCUCGUUACAGUAUUCUGGAUGGAAGCUUUUUGAGAUAGUUUCUGUGGUAGGAUAUUUUGGAUUAAAGUAAACUUGCCAAGUACUGAGGAAUUGGGUGCUUUCUUCAUGAACCAGAGAUGUGAUACCUUAACAUGUCCCUUAAUAUUAUCUCUGAUUUGAAAGAGUGGUAAAAUCAAUGGAGCAAGGACUCAGUUAAAAUUAAAAUGUUUAUUCUAGGAUUUUUUCACUAAAUUUUCCUCUAUUGUAUCUUAAAGCCAUGGAAUAUAUUUAUUUUUAGAGAUUCUGUUGCCCUUACAGCCUUUUUUGCAAAACAGGAUUCAGAAAACUCUACCCAUUUAUUCUGUGGGAAAUACAUUCUCAUUAGUUGCAUGAUAUUUCAUAAUUCAAUCUGGACAACAUUAAGGUAAUGCUGAUUGACAGAAAAGAUAUAUUUUGAGGAAAGAGUCUAACCACUGAGGGGGUCACAGUUUUACGGUCUCAUUAGAUUCCUCUUUUUUUCUUGGACUUCUAUGUAGACUUCCUGAAUACUUUCUUCUGAUGCUGGACAUGAGAUUGUAUCCUUUCCCCUUCAGAUGGGACCUUCACUAUGGUUAUCUAUAGUUAUAAUCUCAAGGUUAGGGACUAGUCCAACAAAGCUCUACUUGGGGCUAAUCUUGAAGGCUAUCCAGAAACUUCAGCUGGUGCAGUAUGUGUGCUGCGCUUAACAGUUGAGUAGGGCAGAUUGGCAGGAGUAUAUUGUACUUGUGCGCUGAACUUCAGAUUGACUCCCAGUUCACAAUGGAAUUUAAUUCAAGAUGCUGGUCACUAUCUGUUAAGCCCUAAAUGGUGUAAGCCUCAGUUGUCUGAUACUGUUCCACCUGGGCUCAGCAUAAGCUCUUCAGCUUUUUCUGUCGCAAGGGUUAAGGUCACAGGACCUCGACGUUCUCAGUGGUUGUCCACCUCUUUAAUACUCUCGCAUGCUAGAAAAGUAUGUGGACUACAUUCACAUUUGGAAUGUGACUUAGAUUAGCUUUCUGCUAACUGAAGGUCUGGAAUCUCCUGGCAUUUUAUCCUACUAGCAAGUUUGGUUCUGGUUUUUGAGAGAGAAUAUGAUAAAUCUAACCUUUUUGAAGUGUGGCAAGACGUACUGUGAUGGGUGCAUCAAAUCCACAUAAGUCCCCAAAAUAGAGUAUAUUAUCUUUGCAUAUGGCAGAAAGUUUGUCAUUUAUUUGAAAUCUCAUUUAAAUUAUCCUGUUCAUUCAUCAUUUGGAUUGAGGCAACUUUACAACAAAUGGAUCCACGGAAAUUUAUUGGGAUGACUUUGGGUUUGACAGAAAAAUCUUUCUUGUGAUAACUUAUUCUUAUGGCAGUCAAGCCUAGCAGAAUAGAAUGAUCAAUAUUGGAGAAUUCUGAUACCUGUGGUAAAGCUAAAAAUGGCCUAUAAUUGCCCCAAGUUUAUAUUGCUGAGGUGAGUUUAAAAUGAAAACAUCAUUCUGUACCUUUAUUGCUAUGUACUAUGUUUUUGUUUUUUCUAUGUUUGUACUUUCUGGGUGUUGAGAAACCAACAGGUGAAUUGGAAUGAUAAAGAAUUCAUGUAAUUGGGCAUGUUGAGGCAUACUGAAAGAUUUUCCAGAAAGGGAGGAAUGCACCAUCAUCUUUUAAAUAGAUUAUUUUUCUAUUGUUUAGUGAGGCAAAUAGAUAUUUAAUAGUUUAGGCUGUGUCACAUACUAAAAUAGAUGGAAAAAGAAUAUCAGUUCACUAUGGGUUAGAAGAAAGAGCACGACUGACUUGCAAGCAGAAUAAUCUUGUUUUCAAAAAACAUGCUGUUGAGGAAAAGUGUGCUCCUCGUGUUGAAUAGUUAUAUGGACUGUAGAAACUACAGUAAAACAGACUGUGUUUGAAGAGAAGGAAUGGAUGACUUAUCAAGAUAAGCAGUAAUAUGAAAAAAUAUUGAAACAAAGAAAAAAUAGGAUGUGUGGAACUUGGGAAGUGGAAAAAAUGAACAUCAAAUUGAUCUAAUAGAAAAUGAGAAGAAAUAAGGUAAAGAUUAUAGUUUUGGAAAAAAUAGACAAUAAGAAAUUAUCUGACAAGGAUACAGAAUGCAAUAUAGUUAAUAUCUGGAUGCUAAGCGAAAGAGACUGUUCUGAAACAUUUUUUAUUUCUUUAAAAUAAUGAUUGGGUGAAACAGAUACUUUUUUCAGUCUCACUGGAAAGGUUUAUAUGGUGAAAACUGUCUUAGGUGACCAAUCUAAGGGACUGACCAUUUGUUUCUUGACUGAGGUGACCAAAUGAAGGUGGCACAGAUUAUUAUUUCAAAAGUUUGAGGUAGAGUAGUAUAAGACAAAUUGUCUAAGGUGGUGUCUCAUACAGGUUUAAUUAUUUAGCAGCGAGGGAAGGAAAAUUCUGGGUCCUACUGCUAAGUAUGAUGGAAUAAUCUCCUAGUGUGUAAAUAUCCCUCUCUCAAAGCUGUUGGCAAGCUGUUUAAGAUCUAGAGGACAGUGAGCUGUAGGAAGGGAUAUUAGUGUUGGCACUGCACUGGGGAAACUUGAGGAUUUAUUUUUCAACAAGAUCGAUUUAGAGCACACUUAACUAUAAGCAUAAACACUGAAUAAAACACUGGUAUUAUGUGAUUUGGCCACCUAUAUCAUGUAAUCCAGUCCAAUAAAAGGAAUUUGGAAUGAACUGAAGGACGUUUUAAAAAAAGGACACCUUACAGUAACAAAACUGAAGCACCAUCUUGUGGACAGAUUAAAAGCAGUUAUCUCCCAUUAGCAAGAAAUACAUAGCGUUCCAAAGAUCACUGCAUUAUAUUGUGAAGACACCAAUAUUUAAUAGAAUGACUGGAAGAAAUUCCAAUCCUUAACUUUUCAGGUUGUCUAAACUUCUGUGGACAAAGUGAAGUGCCCAGGUACAUAACUUUUUGCAAAUCCCUUUAAGCCAUUAAUUGUACUAAGGGUAUGUCUACGCUACCCGCCAGAUCGGCGGGCAGUGAUCGAUCCAGUGGGGAUCGAUUUAUUGUGUCUAGUCUAGAUGCGAUAAAUCGACACAUACCCCAGCCCUCUCCCAUUAACUGUACUCCAGCACCACGAGAGGCGCAAGCAGAGUUGAUUGGGGAGCGGCAGCAGUCGACUCACCGCGGUGAAGACAUCACGGUAAGUUGAUCUAAGUACGUCGACUUCAGCUACGUUAUUGACGUAGCUGAAGUUGUGUAACUUAGAUCGAUCUUCCCCCCUAGUGUAGACCAGGGCUAAGUGUCAUGUUCAAGGAUUUGACAAUUACUUUAAUAACAUGAAGAAGAAAAACCUAGUUGAGGGGGGAAAAUCUUGUUUGUAGCAAGUACAGCGGCAGUUUUCCAGGCUACACUCUGUGCACUUUUGAGGGCAGUUUCUUUCUCUAACGCUGCUCAAAACCACCAAGAUCCAUUCAAGUAGAGGCUCUUAUUCCCUGUUUAAAGUUUUGUACUGAUAAAGCGUAUGGACAAAAUUCUGUAUUUCUAGUAUUUGUUAACAAAAUUGUUAUGAGGCAGUAGAGUUAAGGAAAGAGUCUACUUGAUUAAAAUAGUGAGACAUAGUUCCAUACUCUCAUCUGACCUAAGACAAAGUUGAUUUUCUAAUCCAAAUUUAAAGUGGAUUUAUUAAAGAAAGAUUUUAUUUUAGGAUAAAAACAACUGUUUCAAAUCUUAGAGCAGAUGAAAACAUGUUUCCUAGUGUGGUAGAAAAUAAAUGUAACUAUAGUGUGAAAGGCGAUUAUGCAAAAAUUUGGUUUAUUGAAGUGGAAAUGUGCUAUAUUGAAUAUGAAAAUACCUUUCUGUUUAAUCAUUGCCAACACUGCAACAAAUCUGAAAGCCAUCACUUUGAACCUCUUCACCUAUGUGUCUGGAAGAGAUUUUGCUAUUGAGAACCUCAAAAUCGGUAUCUUAUGUUUCUCCAUGUAACCACAUCAAUCUUUCAAACAAAUGUAUGUCCCCGCUAUUCUGCAGCUUUCUUGUGAUGCUUUUUAUUUUGCUAUAUUUCAGUUACUUUAAGUCUGGGAAUCAUGCGGACUGAGAGGCAUAGGCAUAUUAAUAUUUAUCUCUGCAUAUGUAUUUUAUUUUGUACGCUUAACAUUGGUUCAUAUUGUAUCUUGUAAAAAUCUCUGGAUACUGUCAUUAUUCUUCAGUAAAAAUGUUAAAUAAAUCACAGAUGACAAAG